CCCUAGGCUGGCUUCCGCCCGUGCGGGAAACCCCGAAGCGGAUAUAGCGCCCUCUCUUUCCGGUCUGGCUCCUUUUCGGCCGUCGCUGCCACCACGCGAACAUGCCUCUCGCAAAGGAUCUCUUGCAUCCCUCCCCUGAGGAGGAGAAGAGGAAACAUAAGAAGAAGCGCCUGGUCCAGAGUCCCAACUCAUACUUCAUGGAUGUGAAAUGUCCAGGUUGCUACAAAAUCACCACUGUGUUCAGUCACGCUCAGACGGUGGUUUUGUGUGUCGGCUGUUCAACUGUACUGUGCCAGCCUACUGGGGGAAAGGCAAGGUUGACAGAAGGAUGCUCCUUCAGGCGAAAGCAACACUAAAUUAAGAUGCUUGUCAGGGAUGGGUGGGGCUACGCGCACAGUCGCAGGCUCAGACACUGAGGACCUCAAGGGAUGGACGAGAGAGCCUUGACACGAAUGGAAAAAUGUCAGCUGCAACUAUGUGACUCUCGAGGGCUUCAGCUGCUGCUGACUCCGGAACAGGACGAGCAAAAACACAGCUGCCGCACUGUCCUUGUAGCCUCACCCAUUUGACUCAAUAAAUUUUGGAUAUAAAGACAA